AUGGGCCUCGCAGAUGUCACAAUCUUGUGUUGCGUGUUGCUAGCCGCAACUGAACUAGCGCGGCGAUUAUACAAGCGACGCAGACUUGGCACUAUCCGCGGACCGUUCCUUGCGUCGUUGUCGAAUUUCUAUCGUUUUUUUCGAGUCAUCCGAGGCGAUGCGCACCUUCGCGAUAUCGCGUUACACAGGAAGUAUGGUAAUGUAGUUCGCUUGGGACCAAAUGUUGUGUCUAUAGGAAGUCCGUUGGCCAUACCUCAGAUAUAUGGAAUUACUGCAAAGCAUCAAAAGUCUGACUUUUACCCUGUCAACCAAACCUACUCUCGUGGACGUCUGAUUCCUGGUUUGUUCAGCACAACCGACGACAAGUUGCACCGUCACAUGAAACGGCCUAUUGCAGGGCUGUACUCUAUGAGCAAUGUCAUCGGAUAUGAGCCCUUGAUAGACAAGACUACUGAACUUUUCAUUUCUCAGAUAGAAGAGAAGUUUGCUCGGACCGGAGAGAGAUGCUCACUAAGUGACUGGUUGCAGUUCUAUGCUUUUGACGUUAUGGGUGAUGUAACCUUUUCACGCAGACUUGGGUUCCUGGAGCAAGGGAUUGAUGUGGAAGGGAUGAUGGAAAAGAUCUGGCACCGUUUUAAGUAUUUUGCGGCUGUUGGUCAGCUUCCAUGGCUGGAUAUUUUAUGGGAUAAGAGUCCAGUGUGGAAUGCACUACUGCCCCAGAAGUCUUCGCCGAUUGUUGCAUUUUCAGCCAGUCAUUCUAUUCGACGGUUGAACGGCGAUCCACCCCAAGUCCGAGAAAAGUCUGCCGAGGGAGCAAGGGAUACUUCCACACAAGACUUUUUGAGUGGCUUCAUUGCCACCAAACAAAAGGACAUCAGCGUGCCAGACUGGUAUGUGACUGCAUGGACAACUUCGAACUUGCUAGCAGGCAGCGAUACGACCGCCAUCUACCUUCGAGCAGUCUUUUACUAUCUGCUUAAGAAUAAGGACUCCCUAAAUCGCCUCGUCGCUGAGAUACUUGAUUUAGACAGUCAAGGGAGGCUCUCAAAUAUCAUUUCUUGGAAAGAGUCGAAAGAGAUGCCAUUUUUAGACGCAUGUAUCAAAGAGGCAGGUCGUCUCCAUCCUCCCAUUGGGCUUCCCUUAGAGAGAGUUAUUGCACAUGGCGGCAUUAAUAUUGAAGGAGUUCAUAUUCCUGAAGGGACGGUAGUGGGUAUCAACGCCUGGGUGGUACAGCGUGACCUGAAUGUGUUUGGACAAGAUGCAGAUGACUGGCGACCUGAACGAUGGCUCUGUGAAGAACAGAAGAGGAAAGAGAUGGAGCGUGCGAUGUUUGUAUUCGGAGCCGGCCAUAGAUCUUGCUUAGGGAAAAACAUAGCCCUGACUGAGCUCUAUAAACUUAUACCUCAGAUUUUAAGACGAUUCAAGAUUGAACUUGUUAAGCCUAACGAAGAAUGGAUUGUCGAAAAUCAUUGGGUUGCAAAACAGAAAGCAAUUGAUGUCUAUUUCCGGGAAAGGCAUAGAGUUUGA